UCGGGACACGCCACAACCGCUAUCCACCUCAUCUUCCGGUGAUAGCACUGCACUUGACUGGGACCGAAAAAGCCACGGGGUAUCGAAAGCACAUCAUCCGUCUCGCGGCCGUACGGUACUGCAGCGUUCCCCCCAUAAGCCGCUCACACCAUCCAUCCAUGCGUGGCUGCAGAUAUACUUUCUUGGAGUUUAGUAGUGCACGGUCUGGCGUACCGUACAACCACUCGAUCAAGAACCCUGAUUUGUGUCGAUUGAGUGCCCCCGAUUCGAUUCGAUUCGACCUCUCAGUCCCCGCAGCUCUUGGUCUUCGUGGUCGCGGUCGUGGUCUUGGGCGCCCAACUCUACCGUCUACCGAACGUACUGUACAUACUUUACAUAGAUUAAUGUCAAGCCGGACCCCUCCAGAUCUUCCGUAUGGUCCAUCGGCCACCAAAUCACAAGGCAUCACAAGGCAUUGCGGACAGGGGGGGCCUGAGACCACGGGCGGGCCAUGCCGGACUGCUGCUGCUGCCGCUCCUGCCUCUGUCCGGUUGUCUAGUCAUCCAGUCAUCCCGGAUCACGGCCUCACUCAUAACUUGAAGUUAUCAUCUCAGAGCAAUGCCUUUAAACCCGGGAAGGGAGUUAAACUACCCGAAGGCGGUCGACCUCCCCCUCCCCCUCACCCCGAUAAGAAACCUGCUUUACUCGAAACAAGAUCAACUGCUCUAGAAUCGAUCGACACAACAACAUCAGUCUUCAUCUUGUCAAACUUGUUCUAGCCCGCGCCGCUCCGGAAGAAACCUGGAGGCGCGACGGAAAAUCCUCGAAUCAACAUGCAUGUGUGGCACCAAAGUCGCUAAUCUUGCUGAAUUGAGGACUAGAAAAAGGGUUUCCCGCCGGCCU